AGGAGGCGGGGCCGCGGCGGCGCGCGCUCCCGGAACGCGCGCGGCGCAGGCGGCGCGGAUCGCAGGGAGCCGGUCCGCGGCCGGAACGGGGUCCCGGGUGUGCGUGCGGAACGGGGCUCGGGGGAGACGGUAGCGAUGAACACGGUGCUGUCGCGGGCGAACUCGCUGUUCGCCUUCUCGCUGAGCGUGAUGGCGGCGCUCACCUUCGGCUGCUUCAUCACCACCGCCUUCAAAGACAGGAGCGUCCCGGUGCGGCUGCACGUCUCGCGGAUCAUGCUAAAAAAUGUAGAAGACUUCACUGGACCUAGAGAAAGAAGUGAUCUGGGAUUCAUUACCUUUGAUAUAACUGCUGAUCUAGAGAAUAUAUUUGAUUGGAAUGUUAAGCAGUUGUUUCUUUAUUUAUCAGCAGAAUAUUCAACAAAAAAUAAUGCUCUGAACCAGGUUGUCCUUUGGGACAAGAUUGUUCUGCGAGGUGAUAAUCCAAAGCUGCUGUUGAAAGAUAUGAAAACAAAAUAUUUUUUCUUUGACGAUGGAAAUGGCCUCAAGGGAAACAGGAAUGUCACUUUAACCCUAUCUUGGAACGUUGUACCAAAUGCUGGAAUUCUACCUCUUGUGACAGGAUCAGGUCACGUAUCUGUCCCAUUUCCAGAUACAUAUGAAAUAACGAAGAGUUAUUAAAUUAUUCUGAAUUUGAAACAACAUAUUUUUAUACUUAAUGAAUCAUAUCUCGUUUUUCUCUUCCCUUGCAUCUUCAUUUGGUUGGUACUUUUCUUUUUUGGGGGGGUGGUAUAAGAACUAAUAUCAAAGGCAUAUUUGAAGGGAAAGGUUAAUAUGCUACUUAAUUUUACAAGCAAAACACACACAAAAAAGGCCGCCAGAGUGGAGUAUUAUAAAAAUAAGACAACUACAUAAUAAAGAUUUGUAAAAAAUUUAUGAGGUAUUCCCUAUAUGUCCAUUAUUCCUUAUGGAAUAUACAGUGAGCAUGAAGAGUGGUUAAAACUUUUAGGUGCCUGUGGAGUUAUAAGAACUGUAUUUUAGGCCUUGCAUUCAUGCAAGUUCACAUUGGGUGUGAUUCAGAAGUGGACAUUCUCUUUUUGGGUAUCUCUCAUUACUGGAAAAAUUAAAAUGGUUAUUUGUAAGACACCUGGUUUACAAAAUAGCCAAAAGUGAUGGAAUUUUAUUCCAUUUGUCUUGGGAAUGCCCCAUUAUGCUUGUUUUUCUUACAGGUGACUCGCAACUUUCUCCACUUAAAGACUAAAUACCUCUUUAUAUGCUAGAAAUCAUUUUAACUCAUUUUAAAGUCUAUUAAGUCAACCAAAUACGUGUGUCUCAGUGCUUUCUCUAAAAAUGUUCCUUUGUAUUAUAUCUUUGUGUGAAUUUUUAGCAUUGCCAUUGAAAGUUGAAAAUGUUUGCAUGGUUUACCUUCUGAGUUAUGUUUGUUCUCGUGAGCAUGCCUAGUACCACUGAGUGGUAAUUAUUUAAAAUUUUCUGUAGGUCCACAUUUUAAUAAUUAUUGGGUAAUAGUAAUCUUACUUGGUGCGCUUUUCCACUUAAAAGCACUCUCCUAUAUUUUACUGUGUGUUACCCCUGAUAAUCUAAUGAGGUAAGUAGUACAAAUGUUAGCUCUUUACAGAUGAAGAAACUGAAACCUGGAAAUUUAUUGAAUUGCUUUGAGGUUGCAUAGCUAGCAAGGAAGGGAGUUAAAACUUCACUCAGAUUCUCUAUGCUUAUCCUUUCUCUUGUAGCUCAGAUUACAGACUAAACAAAAUUUACUUACAAUUUUCAUUCUGUUUUAUGUUACCCUGGACACCCUCAAGCUGCCAACAACUUACGUAGAGAUAAUAUCUCAUUUCCUUCUCUGCAUACAUUAAUUUUACAUAUGUUAAUAAAGUAAGAGAAUCCAGAUGUAUGUAGAAAUGACUUAGAGAUUAAAUGCAGAAUAAUACAUGGUUGAAUAUAUGAUCAAAUUUAACGUGAUUUUUUUUCUACACUGAGCAAAUAAACAUCCUCAAGGAAGCAACUACAAAUCAAUUACCCUUAAAAGUAAGACCAAACACUCUAGUUACACUAUCAGCAGUAACCAAAAAGGGCUAAUGUUUUCCAAGAAUAGGUUUAAGCUAACAGUUGUUGUAUUUACCUCAUUGGAAAUACAUCACCAUUUAAUUACGUUGGUUUUAACAGCUAUUGUAUGUGAGAGCAUGUGUUUCUGUCAAAGGUCAAAGCUGCCGUAUCGUGAAUACCAGCCUGGGUUUGGCUCCCAGCUUUUCAUUAAACUGUUCAGGGUCUUGGUUUCUUUAUCUGUAAAAUGACAGAGUCGGACUCACUAACUUAAAUAGUGGUUCUUCUAUACCACACAAGUCUAUAAAAUUCAUGGUAUCUGUCCAGCAGAGAGAUUGAACAGAAAAGCACCUUGGUAACGGGAGGGCAAGAAGGUGACCGAAAGACUAACACAUAACUGUUGCGUGCUGAUUUGACUUUAUCUCUGUUAGAUUUUAUACCCAGAACAUUUAACUUUGUACAAAUAUGACACAUGGAAACUUAGUCUCUGGAGAUGUCAAAACUGAAAAAUUGGGUACGUGCAUUCAGGAAGGCAUGCACCUGAUGGGGUGCGGGUGGUGAGCGGAUCCGUCAGUUUGCUAGAGAUGAAUGUUGACAUUUACUUGAGUUAACGUUUACCUGACAAGCCCACCCGUUUUUUUGAGUUGGGUGAGGAAGAGGAGUAGAAAGGCCCAACUAGCACAAUGGUUACAUAGUUGUUUGUUUUUUUUUUACUCAACUUCAGAAAACUGCUCAGGACGUGAAUGCUCCAACAUGGGAAUAAGAAACCUCUGUCUCAGGAACUCAUUUUUGGGUGCACACAGCUUUGUUGGUUGACCAUGAUUCUACAUGAAAACAGAUGGCCUCGUGUUCAGUUUGAUAAGCAUAUCAUCUACCUUUAGUGUCAGUGUUUUCAAGAAGUCUUGCAGAGUCUCCACACAGACCCAAGGCUUCAGACUUCCGGAACCCUAAGUAGCAUUAGAAAUGUCUGAGCCCAGACAUUCCCAGGAUACUAGGAAAGGAGAACAAUUGCAAGAUACCUAAAAUACUUACGGUGAGAAAUGAACUAAUCUUAAAUGUGCUCACCUACUCCUUUUCCUCUAGCAGGUUAACCUAGACAAGCAGCUCUGUCAGUAUUUUUUAUUUCCCCAAUUGAUGACGCUUGGUUUCUUUAUGCUUCAAGGCAAAUAAUAGAAAACUUCAGAAAUUCCUAAGGGUGUAAUAGGGAAGUGGGUGAUUUCGAAUUUCCUUUUUUGAAUUGUUUUCCAGUUCUUUGAUGGGGUCUGGCCAGCCUCGUAAUAGCACUAAGAGAUGGGCUUUAAGGUUAUAACGAACAUUGUUUUUCACUCUUCUAUCUAAAACGUAGUAAUGAUCUAAAACUUUGGGUCUUGGAGGUGUAGGUUAUUGGAGGUGCUAUUUUACAAUAUUUUGAAUUUGACAUGAAAUGGGUGUAGGGGGAACUGCCAUAAGCUGUGACCUUUGGUAGUAAACAACACAUUCCUUUCAGGAGCUUUCCUUUUAGCAGAGAGCCUGUGGGCAUUAUCUGUGACUGCCAGUGGUUUAAAGAGAUCGGUUUCAGAAAGUUGUUGCGUGUUUCGAUGCAAUUUGGGAAAUUGUUUACUUCACAAAUAACAGAUUCAUAAGAAAAAAUCCAUGAAAAUACUGAAGAGAUGUUUGAGGAUUUUCUUAAUUGCAAUAAACAGCAUUUUUUUCUAAUGAAAAUGAAUUUUGUUUACGAGUAAAAGUAUGCAUUUUAAAAGACUUUCAGAUUUAUGCUUUUUAUGUGAAGCUGCUGAGCUAAAAGAAAAUGGAUGAAACCAAGUCUAGUAAACUUAAUUUUUUUUUCUUUUCUUUUCCUUUUUGUGGGGUGGGGGUGGGGGGAGGUGCUUUCCAUCUAAAAUAUCUUCUCCAGACACUGAAUGCUCUUCUAGACUGUAAGCUCUUUGAGGGCAGUCUUGUUGGAUUUCUCUUUGUAUCUUGCCCAGCGCCUAGCACAGUGCCCUGCGCGUCAUAGGCGCCUAAUAAAUACUGAUGAUGAAUGAA